CGGGCGGGCGGGCGGGGAGGACCUGCUUGUCCCCGAAAGGGUUAAAGCGGCGGCGGGGUGGGGGCGGAGCCCAAGCUGGCCCUGGGAAUAAGGCGCCGCCGCCCGGCCGCCCAGGCUCCCUCUUCGGCUGCGCGGUAGCCUGUGCCGCGGAGGCUCGCAGGGAGCGGAUGGUGCCCGGCGGCUCCCCCGGGAUGCAGCCCCCGUCCGGCCGCUCUCGCCCGCGGAGCGGAGGGUAGCAGCAGUGCCGCGGGGCGAGGCAGGUCGGCUGGCUGGCUGGCCCUGUCCGGCCAUGAGCCCGGCGGGCGGCGGCGGCCAGACCCUCCUCCUCCUCCUCCUCCCGGGCUGAGCCUUUGCGGAGCGCUGCCCCGUCCGGCAGGAAGCUCACGAGCGGACCGCGGGACUGUGGCUGGGAGCGACUGAGCAAAGCCUUCGCCGGCGACCUCGACCCGGCCACCCCUGCCCGCCUGCCUCCUGCCACCCCCUUCCCCGUUUGCUUUCUCUUCUUCUUCUUCUUCCCCUUUUUCUCUUCCCGCCCCGCCCCGCUGAGUUUGAGUCUCUUUCCCUCCCCAGGUUUUCUUCCCUCCUGUUUUGUUUUCCGUGCCCUUCCUCCGAGCCCGCCUGCCUGGCAUCAUGCUGCUCCGCCUGAGAUCCCCCCUGUACGGCUUGAUUCCUGUACUCCUGAUCCUAUUGGCCAUGCCUCUGGGAGCAGCCACAUGUCCAAUGCUGUGCACAUGCUACUUUCCUCCACCCACAGUAAGCUGCCAGGCCAAUAACUUCUCCUCUGUGCCACGGGUUCUGCCAUCCAAUGCUCAGCGCCUCUUUCUGCAAAACAAUCUGAUUGGGACUCUACGAGCUGGCAUGUUUGGCCCCAGCCUUGUCACCCUCUGGCUUUAUUCUAACAACAUCUCCUCCAUCCAGUCUGGUACUUUCCGCCAUCUGCAAGCUCUUGAAGAACUGGAUCUUGGGGACAAUCACAAUUUGCGCACCCUUAACCCGGAUACUUUCCACGGGCUGGAACGAUUGCAGUCUUUGCACCUGUAUCGUUGUCAGCUUAGCAGCCUACCAAAUACCAUAUUCCGCAACCUCUUCAGCCUCCAAUACCUCUAUCUUCAAGAGAACAAUCUGCUCUGCCUGCAGGAUGACCUUUUUGUGGAUUUGGCUAACCUGAGCCAUCUUUUUCUGCACGGCAACAAGAUUUGGCAGCUCUCUGAGAAUGUCUUCCGGGGCUUGUCUGGAUUAGACCGCUUGUUGCUUCACAGGAAUCGCCUACACACAAUUUCUACCUGGGCUUUUCGUGAUUUGCGCAAGCUUACCAUUCUGUACUUGUUUAACAACAACCUAACAACCCUGUCUGGGGAAACCCUUUCAAAUUUGCCCUCACUGGAGUUCCUGCGCCUCAACAGCAACCCGUGGGCCUGUGACUGCCGUGCCCGCUCCCUCUGGGUCUGGUUCCAGCACACACGAGUGUCCACCUCUGAUGUCAUAUGCACAUCUCCUCUGGAGCGCAAGGAGCGUGACAUGCGUUACUUAAAAGAAUCUGUCUUUCAGGACUGUCCUCCAACCAAUCACCACUCUGUUGGGUUUGACUGGGGUUGUAGGCCUGAGUGGGAGAAUGGAGCAAUUCUUCCCCAUCCCAAUGGCUCAUCCAAUCACCUCUAUGGCCUGGGAGGAUCACCACCUGCUGAUCCCUCCUCCUUUUACAGAGAUGUGCCAGCCAAUGACAUUCGAAGUCCCAAGUAUGAUCCUCCUACAGAGGAUGACUAUUGGGGGAGCUAUGGCAGUGAAGAAGGAGGACAGCUUAAAAAGGGAUGUUCACGACCUGGUUGUUCCUCCCUGGAGUCUGGAGCUAUCAGGAUUGCUUUUCUGACACUACUUCUUCCCUGCCCACUGAUGCUAUUGGGACCUUCCUGGUUUUGAUAAUGGAGAAUGGAUGUCCUGCUGAAUUCCGAUUGGCUUUGGGAUCUGAGACUGAGGCAUAAGUCAAAAUGAAUCCUCACCUAGCACUUUGCUGCUGCUGUUUUCCUGGCCUGUUACGAAACUAUUGCUAGAACCACUUUCUGGGUGGUAUCUGAACAUUCCCCCCUGCCCCCCCUGAACAUAUGGAAAGAACAUUUCUCUUUACUUUGUGGGGUAUGGCAUUUCGGGGAAGUUAUGUUCACUAAAAAUUGCUUAAUGGGGCUGCCGUGGACAUUCUGUGUUUCCUGGCCAACAUCUCCUAGUUAAACCCAGGAUGAGUCAGGAUCUCUUCCGUGCAUGAUAGGAAAGUGCAAAAUGGAUAACAGCGUCUGAUUCUCAGAGCUUCAGUCCUCUCCGCAUCCUCUUGCCAUGCACGCAAGUGCCUGCUUUAUCCAAUGAGAUCGGAUCCUUCAGCUAAAGAGAUAAGUGUCCUCUUCCACAACUGGGGCAGACUAUGAAGCCCUUGGGUCCUUGUCGCCACUGACUUGUUCCUCAAUAUGUACUGGAAACAUGUUCACAUGAACAGAUGAAGGGCAAGUUUACUAAGCACAAAGCUUAUCACAAGGUAACUUAGCCUUCCUUCCCAGAGAUUGUGUCCAGAUGGUGCUGCUGAAGCCAUGUCUGUGAUGGUCAUUCCAUAUGUACAAGUCUAUGUGCAGUGGUUGCAAAUGUCACAUGAUAAACAUGCGAGUUGGCCUUUGGUCAUCACAUCUGGUCUUUGAGGGAAGGGGGCGUGUUCCCUUCCUUUGCUGCCUCCUUUCUGUCUCCUCUUUUAAAAGGCAAAAAAAAAUCAUUGGAAAGCUAUUAAACUAUUUUAAUAAA